GAAAUGGACCCUAUUGAAGACGAAGAGUCGCAAUCUUCAGGAUGUGUAACCGAAACUGACGAUGAUGACACAAGUGCAGCAUCUUCAGUUGCCGGAGACGCGACACCGGACAACGCGUCCGCAACAAAUCAAUCUAAUGCUUCCGCGGGAUCGGAGCUAUCAGGACGCGUAGUAGUGGAGAAAACAGAGUUAGCCCCAAUUUUGGAGGAUGAGGUUCUGGAAAUUGAACCGACACCAGUAGCUGCGGUUACGACAACCCCAGUCGUUGCCAAUGCCACCGAGGACCAACAGAGUUGCAAUGUUAGCGCAUCUGCAAUCAAUACCAAUACAGAUUUACCUCCAGUUUACGAAGAGGAAGAGGUGGACGAUGAUGGAAAUGCAGCAGCAACGCCUCUCCCGCCGUAUCAUCACAACGCUGAUACAACUUCCCUUAUGUCGCCAAACGAUGACGCCAUAUCAAUCACAACCUCUACAGAUUUCCACCGACAAAGGUCUUCUUUUAUGGGGGGAACGCACCCCGAGCUGCUCAGCCGACUUCUAGCAUCGGGUAUUGGGGCCGACGAUGAUGACGAAACUCCGAACCUGCCUUACCAAGGAGCCCCGAACGGAGGUUACGGAUGGUCGAUAACUGCAAUCUCUUUCUUCACAUUCCUAAUUGUUGAAGGAGUUUUCUAUUCAUUCGGAGUUUUCUUUCCCCAUUUUAUCCGACAUUUCAAUGCCGAUGAAUCGGUUGUUACCUGGGUUGGAUCUGUAGCCGGUGGGUCGAGUUAUUUAUUCGGACCUUUUGCUAGCGUUCUAGUAGAUAAAUUCGGACUUCGUGCUGUAAGUCUUGGCGGAUGUCUAUUAGGUGCAGUAGCUCUAGGAUUCUGUGUCCUGGCACCCAACGUUUACUUUCUGAUAUUUUCAUGGGGCCUGAUGUUUGGAAUCAGCACGACCAUUGCAACUUUGCCAUGUCACUUUGCACUUAGUCUUUGGUUCGACACCAGACGAGGUCUGGCCACGGGUCUCGGAGUAGCGGGAGGUGGUCUGGGCUCCGUAUUGUUUCCGCCUUUCGUAUCUAUUCUUAUCGGCCAUAUAAAUUGGAAAGCUGCUAUGUUAUUUCUCUGCAUUGUUUACUUCUUGAUGACAAUGGCUGUUGUGUUUUUGAAACCUGUUCCAGCUAUCAAGCUACCGGACUCUCAUAUGAGUUUGAGUGAUAUUGUUGAACAAGGUGACCUAAGGAAUGUAUUUCACAAUCCAGGAAGACUUAGGCUGCAAGCGUUUCGCAAGGCAGCGUUUAGUAUAAAUAGUACAGCGACUAACUCUAUGUGGAGGCUCUCGCAAGAGAACAUAACGGGAGGCCAAACAUCAAUCAAUGACAUCGCAACAAUUGGACGAAGUCAAUUUUCCCUGGAAAAUUCCCAUACGCAUUUGGGUUCGUCGUUUCUAGAAAAACCAGAACACCAACAAAAAUUAUCAUCGUAUUCAAAUUUCAUGCAACAUUUUCUUUGGAACCAAAACAGAAAACCAAGUCGGGGUCUUGCUCUGGCCCCUUCAGAAGAGGUGCUAGGAAGUCAGAAUCAUGUCAACGAGGCGUCGCUUGGUGCCUCCAAGGCCGAGAAUCUCAACAAGCCGGAGACUCCGAUUCCAACGGCAUCGCCUGGGAUCGGGAUACCGGCUGUGCUGAUAAAUAAAGGGACCGAUGACCAGGCAGAAUUGAAAAAGAUGGUGCCGCCUAGAAGACCUUUGAGAAGAUUUGACAUUUUCUACAGCGGAAGUACUUUGAACUUAGAAAGAGCGCCGCGAUCGAUUAUUAACUUGAAUUCAACCUGGGCGUUUCACGAGAAGUCACACGAGUUGGAGAAAAUUGUCGAUUUGAGCUCGGGAAAGCAGUCAGAAGGGAAAAAUUCGAAGCCAGAAUCAAGCGCUCCUCAAAGUACGAUAGAGCUGCUGGCACACAUGCUGAACAUGAAGCUAAUGAAGCAGACGAGCUUCCUCCUCUUCAUGUUGAGCUACUUCAUCUUCAUGCUGGGUUUUUUCGUGCCCUUUGUCUUUUUGCCAACCCUGGUGGUGGACAAGGUGCCAGGUGUGACCCCCCAGCAGGCCAGCUACUUCAUCCCCCUCAUAGGCCUGACGAACACAGUGGGACGACUGGUGAUGGGGGUGGUGGGUGAUAUGGGGUUCAUGGAUCCCUGUUACUUCAAUGCAGUGGCUUUCCUAGCAUGUGGACUUAGUACCUUCCUCAUUCCCUUCUUCUCAUCUCUCACAGCCUAUGUGGUGUACGCGCUCACUUUUGGAUUCUUCUGUGCCUCCAGCAGCUGUCUUCGCUCUCUGGCGCUGCUGUCUUUGGUAGGUCUCGAGAACCUGACGAGUGGCUUCGGUAUUGUCCUUUUCUUCCAGGGCAUCGCCGCACUCCUGGGGCUUCCCCUAGCCAGCAUAAUCGGGAACGUGCUUGGCUCUUCUGGUGCACUUUUCAUGGCCUCUAGUGUGACGUUCACACUAGCAGGACUAAUUGGUCUACCUCUAAAACCCAUCUCAGUAAGAGAGAUCAGGAACUUCCAACGUCGAGAAGCACUCUCAGAGCUAGAAGCAGACGAAAAGAAGCUGGAACAGCAGGAGCAACUAAACCAGCCGGACUCUCCCACCGACAUAGAGGACCACUCGCCUCUGAAGAAGGUGUCCGAUUCCAGUGGAAAUGUCCUGGAGGAUCUGGACUGCCUCAUUGUCCCGAAGAGGAGCCAAUCAUCGCCAGAAGAAGCUAGUAUAAAUUGCAAUGGUGUGACAGAAAGUCACUCUCUAUUGGGAAUAGUGAUACCAGAAGAGAAAGUGAAGGCGGCAACUCAAGUGUCAAUAGCGGAUGAUUUGAAUGAGGAGUGUGGCAAGGAAGAAUUGGAAAAAAGUAUGAGUUGAAACUGGAAAAGGUCAGAAAAAGCUUGUUGGAAAAUAAUGAAACUGACAUAGCUGUUUCUAGUUCAGUUUCGUUAUAUGUGAACUUAACAUGUGGCAAUCCUUCUGUUUUGAUGUUGGGUGGUACAUUUUAGGUCACGUUUUCAAUUCUUCGGGUAGUUUCUUUUUGAAAAACCACCUUACGGUUUCGAAUUGUGAGACCAUAAAAGGCCUCUGCUAUCCAUUGUCAAUAUGCGUGCUCCAUUUUUAUUCCUUUUUUUGUCAAACUUGUGUUGCAAACAUGCAGUUACUAGUCAUUGUCGUCUCGUCUUUAUUAUUUUUUUUGUUGACUUCGACCUUCUGCUAAAAUUGGGACAAUGACUCAUAUUUUAAUCAUUCAGCUCAUUUCAACAGGUUACACAGUGUCAAAGACGUCUUUUCACUAACCCUAUUACCCUAUUCUCUGCUAUUUUUUCUUCAAGUUCGGAUAUCUGAAAUAUAAGUUUUUACUUCUUGUCGCAUUAAAUGAAUUUCAGUUAGGUUUAAGACUCCGAAAAGGGAGAGUUUGAAGCUUUGAUACAUGUAUGAAUAACUGGUCUCAAAAAUAAUAUGAACAAUGGAUUCUUGAGUUCAAAAUGAUUUAGAUUAAAAUAAUUCAAAUCUGGCAUUGUUAGAUUGGGGCGAUAAGGGAUCAGUUUAUCAUAUUGUAUCGAAGUUUUUGAAGGUCUGGGGUUGUUAGGGAAAAGGUAAUCAGCAUUGUCUACUAUACUAAAAGGUGCUCAGAUUAUGUCAACAAACUAUCUGCAUUAUGCAGGGGUGCUCAUUAUUGUGUUAUGUUGACUGCAAUCCAAUUUACCAAUAAUUGUUCAUGAAUGGACGACCUAGUAAGUUAAAAGUAGAUGCUUUUUGUAGAUAGGUCUUAAUUUUGUAGAUUAUUUUAAACGCACUACUAUCCUUUCGCAUUCUAAUUCCAUCAUGACAUUCUGAAAGCUCGGCUCUAGUUUCCCGAGUUCAUUCUGUUUGUUUGUUUAUUUGUUUGUUUCUCUUUUCGGCAUACUGACUUAUUAACACUUGUGCAAUCUAAAUUUAUCGACCAGUUAGUU